AUUCGUUUUGGUCGUCAAUCUAUUCGAUCUUUUUAUUAAUCCUUUGUAUUUGUGUCUGUAAGACGAGAAUCUUUGCAGUUUGUUUUGAAACAUCUGCUUGGUCUUUAUUUGAGUGUUAAGGAAGAUGGGUGCCAUGGGUCUUAUAGAAAGCUUGAUGGAGGCAACAACUGUUCGGCGGACGAAGAAGCUUAAGCAGUUUCAGACGGUUGUGUUGAGAGUUCGUAUGGACUGCGAGGGGUGCGAAAGAAAAGUGAGGAAGUCCCUAGAAAAUAUGAAAGGAGUGAGAUCGUUAGAAGUGGAUCGAAAGCAAUUGAAAGUGACAGUAACGGGGUACGUGGAGGCGAACAAGGUGUUGAAGAGGGUGAGGAGGAGGACGGGUAAAAAAGCAGAGAUGUGGCCAUACAAACCUUACAAUCUGGUUUACUAUCCAUAUGCUGCUCAGGUCUACGAUAAGAAAGCUCCUGCUGGUUAUGUUAGAAACGUGGACCCCACCUUCCCCAAUCCGCAGGGAACUGACGAAAGAUACACCUCCCUCUUCAGUGACGAAAAUCCAAACGCUUGUUCAAUUAUGUAAACUUUGAUGCUCUACUCUCUUGAUCUGUUCAAUUAUGUAUACUAUUACUGGUCCGAUUCAAUUCAUUGUUUUCGAUCCGUUACUCUGUUUUGCUCUACCAUAACAGGGAGAGAGCAGUUAGUGUAAGGAUGAUGUGCAUACGCUGUGCGGUUAUAUAAUUUUUUAUUUUUUUUAAAAAAGUAAGUGGUAUGGGUCUGUUUUUUUCUGGGAGAGUAGAAGAAUUAAUAAUGAAGAACAGAGAUGGAAGUGGUAAGUGACUCCUGGCAAGCUUUAUACGGUCCGAAUUCUUUUGGUGGGGUAAAGCCCGAUUUGUUUUGCUGUUGUAUACGCAACACAUGAAAUUGUGAACAAAGAGAUUGUGUUAGUUUUGGAAAGAGUGUGUAAUGAAUAAGACACGAAAAAAGAGUAAAAACACUUUCUUUAUCGAU